UUUGCAACUUUUCUCUUAAGGUGUCAUGGAAAAACUCCAGCUCGGCCCAGAGAUUCUGCAGAGGGAGAACCCAAAGCUCAUCUAUGCCAGGUUGAGUGGAUUUGGCCAGUCAGGAAGAUUCUCUAGGGUAGCAGGACAUGACAUCAACUAUUUGGCUUUGUCAGGUGUUCUGUCAAAAAUUGGCAGAAGUGGUGAGAAUCCAUACGCCCCGCUGAAUCUCCUGGCUGACUUUGCUGGUGGUGGCCUCAUGUGUGCACUGGGCAUCACACUGGCUCUGUUUGAGCGCACACACUCUGGCAGAGGUCAGGUCAUUGAUGCAAGCAUGGUGGAGGGAACAGCAUAUCUAGGGUCUUUUCUUUGGAAAGCCCUGGGACUGUGGAGCCAGCCUCGCGGGCAGAACCUGUUAGAUGGGGGAGCGCCUUUCUACACAACCUACAGGACGGCCGACGGGGGGUUCAUGGCUGUUGGAGCAAUAGAGCCCCAGUUCUAUGAGCUGCUCAUCAAGGGACUUGGGCUAAAGCCUGAUGAACUUCCCCAUCAGAUGAGCACAACUGAUUGGCCAGAAAUGAAGAAGAAAUUUGCAGAUGUAUUUGCAAAGAAGACAAAGGCAGAGUGGUGUCAGAUCUUUGAUGGCACAGAUGCAUGUGUGACUCCUGUUCUGACUUUUGAAGAGGUUACCCAUCAUGGUCACAACCAAGAUCGGGGCUCAUUUAUGACUGAUAGUGAGCAGGGCGUGAGUCCCCGCCCCGCACCUCUGUUGUCCAAUACCCCAGCUAUCCCUUCUUCCAAAAGGGAUCCUUUUGUAGGAGAACACACUGAAGAGGUACUUCAAGAGUUUGGGUUCAGUGAAGAAGAGAUCAAUCAGCUUAAGUCCGAUAAAAUUAUUGAAAGUAAUAAACUAAGAGCUAAUCUCUAAGUUCAAGCUGCACAAUUCAAGUGAAUCUGAAUAUUGCAUUUAUAGUUUAGAAUAGUAUUAAAAAAUUUUAUGCCUGGAAAUGUGAAAACACAGUAUCACAGUGGUCUAACUAUUCUAAUCAGGUAACAAGACUGAUUAUAGAGUAAUGAUUGAAUUUGAAAAUGAUUAACAUCAUGGUUUUUGGUUUAGGAAUAUUUUUAGUUUACCUGUACUAAAUUGUGGCAGUUUUUCUGCCUUCCAAAUUACUUAGUAGGUUAUAUUUGUUGAUUUAAAAUACUUACAUGUUCAUAAUAUACUUUAAAUGAAUUAAUAUAAUGCUUUUUAUUAAAUAAAGCUUUUUUUCCCCGUGAA